UCAGUCAGCCAGGCCACCGCUUUCCUCCUAUAUAUCCCGUAGAGGCUGUUAAACCCUAGCCGCUCUCUUGCCUUCAGCUUCUUCCUUAAACCCAAAACCUCUUCUUUAUCACAGCUGUAGUAAUGGCUUUCUGCAAUAAACUUGGGAGUCUGGUUAGGCGAAGUGUUUUGACUAACAAUGCAUCAACUGCUCAAGCUCCAAUGGCCUCCAUGUUUAAUGCUUUACGCUGCAUGUCCACAAAGCUUUUCAUUGGUGGCCUUUCAUAUAGUACGGAUGACAGUAACCUGAAGGAAGCAUUCUCCAGCUUUGGUGAGAUUGUGGAAGCAAGAGUGAUUACUGACAGAGAUUCCGGGAGAUCAAGAGGAUUUGGGUUUGUGAAUUUCACAGAGGCUGAAUCGGCAAACGAAGCUCUCUCGGCUAUGGAUGGACAGCAACUGCACGGAAGAAACAUUCGUGUGUCUUAUGCCCAAGAGAGGUCCAGUUCAGGUCCUCCUCGUGAUAGGGGUUUUGGGGGCGGUGAAAGGUAUGGGCGCGGGUCUGGAGGAUACUAAGUCUAUGUUUAGAUUGGUCAAUUGUCUAUAUGGGCAUAUGGCAUUUUAAGUUUGUGGAAACUUGGCUUGUGGUUGGGGUAAUCUUAAGAUAGAAUGGUUGAUGUUCUUAUUGUUCUCCUAAACAGUUAUCUUGUCAUUUUUAAACUGCAUCAAAUAUGAAGCUUGUUUCUAUAGAGCUUCAGGAUAUUUAUUAGAAUUUAUUAAAUAUUUUAAUUUUUGUAUUGUAUUGUUCA